GUAACUCCAGGACGAGACCGGAGCGACCCGCGCAGCGAGCAUAGGCGGCGAGGCUGCGCCGGGCGCCCGAAACCGGCGGCUGCGGGGGGCGGGGGCUGCGUCCGAGCCCAAUCCGCCGCUCCGGCUCUGAGUGGUCUCUGGAAAAGGGUCGUUGUCCAGCACAGAUGCGUUUGUCCGAGGGAGCACUGGAGAUUCGGGUCAAGGCGUAACGCCUGGGGCUUCCAAUGAUACUCUGGGCAGCCAUGGAAGCCUAGAUGCCUCACCGGAAGGAGCGGCCGAGUGGGUCCUCGCUUCACGCACACGGCAGUACCGGCACCGCGGAGGGAGGAAAUAUGUCCCGGCUGUCUCUCACCCGGUCGCCUGUGUCUCCCCUGGCUGCCCAGGGGAUCCCACUGCCAGCUCAGCUUACCAAGUCCAACGCACCUGUGCACAUCGAUGUGGGCGGCCAUAUGUACACCAGCAGCCUGGCCACACUGACCAAGUACCCUGACUCCAGAAUAAGCCGCCUCUUCAAUGGCACUGAACCCAUUGUUCUGGACAGUUUGAAGCAACAUUAUUUCAUCGACCGGGAUGGGGAGAUUUUCCGAUAUGUCCUGAGCUUCCUGAGGACAUCAAAACUGCUGCUCCCGGAUGACUUCAAGGACUUCAGCCUGCUGUAUGAAGAGGCCCGGUACUACCAGCUGCAGCCCAUGGUGCGUGAGCUGGAGCGCUGGCAGCAGGAACAGGAGCAACGUCGCCGCAGCCGGGCCUGCGACUGCCUGGUGGUGCGCGUCACGCCCGACCUGGGGGAGCGCAUCGCGCUCAGCGGAGAGAAGGCGCUCAUCGAAGAGGUCUUCCCGGAGACUGGGGACGUCAUGUGCAACUCGGUCAACGCCGGCUGGAACCAGGACCCCACUCAUGUCAUCCGCUUCCCGCUCAACGGCUACUGCCGGCUGAACUCCGUGCAGGUCCUGGAGAGGCUGUUCCAGAGGGGCUUCAGCGUGGCUGCGUCCUGCGGGGGUGGUGUGGACUCUUCCCAGUUCAGCGAGUAUGUGCUUUGCCGGGAGGAGCGGCGACCGCAGCCCACCCCGACUGCCGUCCGGAUAAAGCAGGAGCCCCUGGACUAGGCGCUGCCUCAGUGCUCAUCUGAGGCCUCUCAACCCUGGGUCACCCCCAGAGACCUGGAAACAGUUCUGGGGGGUCCUGCCUUUGUGUGCUUAGCAGUGGGCAUGAGACUGAGGGUGGGGCUGGAGGGCUUCCGCCCAGGGAGCACCUGGGCCCCAGGUGUCAUGGCAACAGAAAUGUGGGAUGCUGGAGGCGUGUCCACUGAAGGAGUGUUGGUGUGACCCAGAGAUGCUGUGGCUGGAACUCCAGUGCCCACUCUCCGAGCCCCUGGGCUCCCCAGCCCGGUACAGUGUCCUCUGAGGCUCAGGGACCUGCCGAGGCAGGGUUAGCAGAGGCAUCCCCAGCCACUCCGGAGCAGCCGAUCAUCCUUCUCCACUCACGGCAGACUCUCACAGGUCUCCUGGCUUCAGAGAUGGCUUAUUUUUCUACAGUAUUUAAAAAUGGAAGUAACUGUCACUGCACAAGUCAAAGAGGCCGACAAGGACCAAGCCUUCUUUAUCUGGUGCUCAGUUCUCAGUUGAACGUGCAGCAAGCCUGCA